UCAUGUUUGUGUUUGGUCCAGAUAAUCUUCUACGAGGACAGAAACUUCCAGGGCCGCUCGUACGAGACGGGUAAUGACUGCCCGGAGCUCAACUCGUUCCUGAGCCGCUGCAGCUCCUGCCGGGUGGAGAGCGGCUGCUUCAUGGUCUACGACCGCUCCAACUUCAUGGGGAACCAGUUCUUCGCUCGUCGAGGCGAGUACUCCGACUGCAAGAGACUGGGCCUGAGCGACUCCAUCCGAUCCUGCAGGAUCAUCCCGCAGCACAGAGGAGCCUUCAGGAUGAGGAUCUACGAGAGGGAGAACUUCGGUGGGACGAUGCACGAGCUCACGGAUGACUGCGAGUCCAUGACGGACCGCUACCGUCUGGCUGAGAUGCGGUCCUGUCACGUGAUGGACGGGCACUGGCUGAUGUACGAGCAGCCGCAGUACCGGGGCAGAAUGAUGUACCUGAGACCCGGAGAGUACAGGAGCUUCAGGGACAUGGGCUUCAGGUUCAGCUCCAUGCGCAGGAUCAUGGACCCCUGCAAUUAAUCAUGAUCAAUCAACAAUCAAUUAAAUGACCUUCAUAAUUA